ACGUCGUGUUUGGGGUGUGAAACACGGUGACAUGAUGGCAGGGAAAAAGAAACUUGGCCCGGACUCGUAUAUACGGGCCUUACCGUAUUCUGCUUUACGGUUCAUGGCUAUGCAUUUGGACACAGAUAGCAGAUGGAAAGACUUCGCGACUUUUAUUCCAAAAAGAUUGUCGUAUAAGCUACCUGGAGGAGGGGAGUUUCAAGAGAGAUAUACUACGAUGCAGAUCGACAUGUUUGAAGUCCGAGGCCGAAAACCAGAUGCAAGUCCUACACUUCUCAUCCUCAAUGACUGGGCUACACAGAACGCUCAGCUUAAACACUUACUCGAGGCAUUUGAAAGGGCGAAACUAAAUAUUGUUGCCGAUUACCUAUUGGAACAAAUGGGACAGAAAAAUUCAGCAAAGCUUGAGGAAUUAAAUAACAGAAAUAACACAGACGUAUCCUCUUUAACCACGAACUUGUCGACGAUGGAGGUCACAAAAGGUGAAAAUGAUGAUCCGAAAAAAAAUAUGUACAAAGAAAAAAUUAUCAUUCGCGACUUCACAUCAGACAGUACUGAUCAAUUAUCUAGUAGCGGUACCGAGAGAGAGUCAUCUUAUGCUUUUACUAGCAAGCCUUCCGCUGUCUUGGAAGCCGGUAAUUAUCCCAGCAAUAAGCACGCGACAAAGGUAGAGGAAAAACCAGUAAACGCAUCUGUUCCAUUGCCUUGUCAGUGUUCCAAAUCUGGAGGGACAAAAGACACUCCCAUACCAUGUUUUUGUACUUCUUCACGGGAAAUGAGUUACUCCAUGCUCCAGUAUUUUACCAAAAAUUUCGCCGAGUUAGAUGUGUCGAAGGGAGGGAAUAUGAUUGGCUGCGGAGGUUUUGGUGUUGUUUUUAUUGCCGAGUCGCCUCAUGGUUGCAAAGCUGCAGUGAAGCAGUUACGGCAUCCCGGCGAUCCAUUGAUGGAGAAACAGUUUCAAACAGAAUUAGAAAAAUUGUCUAAAUUCCGACAUGAAAAUAUUGUGUCCUUGCUUGGAUAUUCUAUCGAUGGUUCUAAAAAAUGUUUGGUGUACGAUUACAUGCCAAAUGGCUCUCUGGAGGAAAGGCUCGGCUGUUUCAGGAAAACAGAACCAUUACCAUGGAAACGUAGACUUGAAAUUGCUUUAGGAACUGCACGCGGAAUUGCAUUCUUGAACACUGAAGGUGAGGUACAUCGAGACAUUAAAAGUGCUAAUGUUCUACUUGAUGAAAACUUUGUCCCUAAAGUGGGAGAUUUUGCUACGGUGAGGACUGGACCAACAGGAAGCAGUACAACAGCAGUGGAAACAAUGCAAGUGAUCGGAACCUCUGCCUACAUGGCGCCUGAGGCUAUCAGAUUUGACGUUUCUGCCAAGUUGGACUCCUUUGCAUUUGGCGUAGUUCUAUUAGAGGUCCUGACCGGAUUAGCACCAAACGACCCCCGUCGUGAGGAGGCCGAUCUUUGGAGCUAUGUACAGGAAAAGUGUGAUGAUGACGGUGAGAUAGAAGAGCUGCUCGAUAAAUCUGCUGGAGAUUGGAAAACAGAUAUCGCCAUUGCUCUGUAUGUCAUUGCCCAGAAAUGCCUUCAUGAGAGAAAGAGAAAACGUGCUCUUGUGGUGGACAUUCUGCCUGAUCUGGAACAGUUUGUGCAGACAUGUUGUUCCGAUACGUUUGUGUAGUAGCUGUACUGUCCCACGCACACAGUCGCUGUACUGUAUCUCGGAUCAGCCCUGGUCACAUAAUCGCUGUACUGUAUCUCGGAUCAGCCCUGGUCACAUAAUCGCUGUACUGUAAUUCAGAUUAGCCCUGGGUACAUAGUCGCUGUACUGUAUCUUGGAUCAGUUCUGGGGACAUAGACGCUGUACUGUAUCUCAGAUUAGCCCUGGGUACAUAGUCGCUGUACUGUAUCUCAGAUUAGCCCUGGGUACAUAGUCACUGUACUGUAUCUCGGAUCAGUUCUGGGGACAUAGUCGCUGUACUGUAUCUCGGAUCAGUUCUGGGGACAUAGUCCCUGUACUAUAUGUCAGAUCAGCCCUGGGCACAUACAUUUGUAGUUGCUGUACUGUAUCUCGUUUCAGCCCUGGUCACAUAGCUAGUCGCUGUACUGUAUCUCGGAUCAGCCCUGGGUAUAUCAUCGCUGUACUGUAUCUCGGAUCAGCCCUGGGUAUAUCAUCGCUGUACUGUAUCUCAGAUUAGCCCUAGUCACAUAGUUGCUGUACUGUAUCUCGAUCAGAUCAGCCCUGGGUACAUAGUCGCUGUACUGUAUCUCGGAUCAGUUCUGGGGACAUAGUCGCUGUACUGUAUCUCAGAUCAGUUCUGGGGACAUAGUCCCUGUACUAUAUGUCAGAUCAGCCCUGGGCACAUACAUUUGUAGUCGCUGUACUGUAUCUCGUUUUAGCCCUGGUCACAUAGCUAGUUCUGGGUAUAUCAUCGCUGUACUGUAUCUCUGAUCAGCCCUGGGCAUGGCCUGAUCAAAGUAGACCACUACACCAGGGAAUUAAACCUUGGACCAAUGACGUAUAUUAUAACAGUGACGAUUCAGUCAUCAGUAUUCUUGAGGAUGAGUCAUUGGUGUUACAAAAUAAUUUUAAAUUCUUUAGAAUGUACAUUAAUAUAAGUAUUGCAUUUUAAUGUAAAUCUAAGGUCAUAAUCAUAUCCUUAUGAAAUAAACACAUGUAAUUAAUAUGAGUAAUGUAGGAUAGAGAAUACAUAAUUUCAGGUUAUUAAAAAGAGCGAAUGAAAAUUUUUUCGAUGAUUUAAUACAUUUUGAAAAUUUCAAUGAGAUUUUCAGCAAAUUUAUACUGUAAAUAUACACUCUGUAUAUAGAAAAAAAUUUGUAAUGUCAACCUAAAAUUAUCCAUAUAAUACCUGUCAAUGAUUAAAUUUUUGGCUCUUGAGAAUAAAGUACAUUUAAUUUUUUGGUACUACAUAUGUAUAAUAUGUACUUGAAAUAUUUUUCACAUAAUUUUUUCGAAACAUGUUCGAUCUGAAGUUAUGAAUAUAUGAUGUUGUGACAAACUGAACAGUUCCUGUUUUAAAUUAGAAAAAGAAAGGUGGCUAAGAUACUGUUAUAUGACUAUCUUAGUAGAUCAAAUAUAGUAUUUAUAUGGAUAUAUAUUUUCUGGUACUUUUUAGCUCACCUGGACCAAAGGUCCGGUGAGCUUAUGCCAUGGUGCGGCGUCCGUCGUCCGUCGUCCGUCAAC